GUUAAGGAAUGACGAUGAUUUCCACGUGGAUGGUAUUAGGCUCAAAGCGGGUUGAUGACUGAAAGCAGCAACAGUAAGGUUAAUUUUGAGGAGGCAUGUUUCUGAGAGCAGUCUUUGUAGAGAUAUUACGGAAACGUCCAGAGCUAACCGCGAUGACAGCCGACCGAAAGAGGAAAACCCAUGACACAAAGCUGUCUAUAGACUUUAGUUGAUAAUGGAGAUGUAUUCGGGCAACUCCUCUUCUGAGGUAAGAAAUCGCUCGUCCUACACCUUGUUCCGUUGACCUUUCAUGUUUCGACCCGACGGUUACGUCCCCUCUCUCGCUUCAUUGAUAUCGCAAUUCGGAUUUCGGUCACAGUAGAUGUAGAACACGCCUGUAAUGGAGGUGACACCUAUGAAUGCGAGUAGUGGUAGGAAGAGCUCCGAGCUACGGCAUUUACGAUAUGAAUUAAAACGCCUUAAGACGUAUUUGGCCGUCCUCGAAUACGACCUUGGACUACCAGAGCAAAAGACGGAGGACUGGGCCGGGGAAGAAUGGACAUCUAAACGUGGACAGAAAAGGAGGGAGAGGGCAGAACGGAGAAGACAACGUGGUCGUGCAGCGCAAAAUGCCCGCGAACGCACGAGAAGGAGGCAGCUGGGGCUAUAUAUAUCGCCUUCGCCUUCGCUGUCCGACGUUCAAGAAGAUAUCAACAGCAAGAUCGACAGGAAAAUAGCGUCUUAUCGAAACCGCAUCAAGCAAACCUCAGUCCAGCUACUUGUCGCCGCUACUGCCGGCCAUCAGUACCGCAAGGGGAAUUUAGCAACCGGGCAAGGUCACCCUAACGUCCGUCGCACGGUUGCUAGGAUGGUUAGGGACUUGAUUAACAAGAAAGCCGGAGGGAAACGCCCAGCUAUAGGUUAUAACCCUGACGACAGCGACGGUUCUAGUGUUAGUGACGAAAGCGACGUUAGCAAUGGUAAUGAUAGCUACCUUGACGACAGUGAUACCAACAUCACUGAGUUAAGUGGUAGCGAAUUCGAAUUCCCAACAUCUAAGUUUGCAGCGGCCUUGAUGGCCCGGGUCGAUGCUACACCAGGACCUGGAGACUGGGCGGACAAGCUCGCGCAACCGGUCAUCGCCAAGUACGCGAAAAAGGGGCCUCCGCACAACGAUACAGAGUUGCAUUUGCCGCCGCACGCAGAAGAGGAGAAAGAUCCAAGACCACAAGACAAGCCCGCCACACCACAGCCAGAGUUCUACGAUCCUAAACAGUGGAAGGAGAUUGAUGGCAUUUUACAUGAGAGUAAAGCAGACGAUACAUCCGUCCGUACCGACCAGCCUCCCGAGGAGAUCGGAAUCAUGACUUGGGAGCAACAGGAGAAGGCCUAUCCGACGCUGAAGUCGAUUCUGGAGAUGGGGGAGGAAUAUGGCCGAUGGGAUCCGGCCUACUUGGACACAGAGAAACCAGAUCCAACCCCAUGGGAUCCAGAUCGAAGGGAGCAAAAUGAGUCCAGGCCCGGUGCAGAGCGACUCCCCUUAGAGGCAAACCUCACUACCAAGAUCUCACUUGAAAGGCUUCGAGUUGGCUUUGAGCGGGUGGAGAUGAAUACUGAUUAUAUCCGAUACUCCCAGAUCCCGGCUAUUUUGCCGGCGAGGUUGAGCGACCAAGAUAUGAUGCGCGGCCCUCUACCGACGCCCCCGAGAUUACCGUUAAAAGGGCCAUCCGGUCGGGUGAUAACGCUUCAGCCAGAGGCUAGCACGCCCGUACAACCCGUCCAACCCGUCCACGCGAAUCCGUAUUUGAAACAACCAUCACAGGAUCCCGUAGAUCCAACAGAAGCAGACGUCCCCUUCGCUCAGUACCACUACCCCAUCGACUCACCCGCUACUUCAACCUUCCAGUUCAACGACGGCAAUCACACCCCGGAGGUGACAAAACAGAGCCCAGAACUUCAGCCCAUCACGGUGAUAUAUCAGAACGCAUCGGCGGGGGGACCUCAGGAACGGGCUCGGAAUGUCAUGUCGGGUAAGGAGGUCCAUUUCGCGGAACAGCCCCAGGAGAUACCGGCUCAGCAACAAGUGCCGGAACCACAACAGCCACAAGAACAACAACAACCGCAACAGCAGCAACAGCAGCAACAGCAGCAACAGCAGCAACAGCAGCAACAGCAGCAACAGCAGCAACAGCAGCAACAGCAGCAACAGCAGCAACAGCAACAAAUCUUGCCAACUUUGGAUCCCGCGCCACGACCACCACCGUCCCGGUCUUCAACCCGACAAACCGCGUCGUUACUACUCCAUUCCAUUUUCCAACCUACUCCCCCCCAAACCACCCCUGCAGAACCCCAACCAGCACCCCCACCACCACCCAGCGGCAACCCGCUCAGCACGAACGACCCAUGGUGGCACUACACAAGCAGCGACGUCGACACAGUCUUAUACCCAGCCUUGCCCGGGCCGAACUUGCAGCCGUUCGAACUACCUCCCCCCUCCGCCACCACCCAACACGACACCGACAGCGAGAUGCAGCUCCAAAACCAGAUCCUCUCCGAGAGCAGAAGAGCUGCCGCUGCUACUUCGGGACCGGGCUCGCUCCUCAAGCCGUUGCGGUCGGCGCUGCCGCUAAAGGGCACAGGCGGUGGCGUUACGAAGAAUACGCAGCAGAAGAAGCGCCGCGUGCGGUUUGGGGGAGAGCAGAUUUUGACUUUUGGGGGGGAUAGAUAGGUGAAUGGAGG